CCACUGUGGCCCUGCUCGGGGCUGGCAGGAGAACUGGGUCAGCCGUGUAACCAUGGAGAUGCUGAGGGAGAUGCUGAAGCAGCGCCAGCACAGCCCCGGCUCUCCAGAACCCUGGAAAGAUUCCCCAGCCCUGGCACCGGCCACGUCCGGCCGGGAUGGGGCUGGGAAGCUGAGCUGAGUGAGCCUCCUCGGGGCACAGGGCGCUGAUCCCACGGAGCGGGGCCGGGGCCGGCGGGCGCGCAGGGGCUGACCAUGUUCAACGGGGAUGCCAGCUCCGUCACCGGCUCCGUCACCGGCUCCAUCACCAGCUCCAUCUCCAGCUCCAUCUCCAGCUCCAUCUCCAGCCCCAUCUCCGGCCCCAUCGCCGGCUCCUCGGCGGCCAGGAAUGUGGUGCGCAGCUCCAGCAUCAGCGGGGAGAUGUACAGCCUGGAGAAGAGCGCGCGGGGCAGCGCCGACUCCGUCACCGUCACCGCCAGCAAGAAGAGGCGCUCCAGCCUGGGUGCCAAGAUGGUGGCGAUCGUGGGGCUGUCCCAGUGGAGCAAGAGCACCCUGCAGCUCAACCAGACUGAGGGGGGCCCCAAAAAGCUGCGCAGCACCAUCCGGAGGAGCACCGAGACCGGCAUCGCGGUGGAGAUGAGGACCAGGGUGACCCGGCAGGGCAGCCGGGAAUCCACCGACGGCAGCACCAACAGCAACAGCUCAGACGGCACGUUCAUCUUCCCCACGACCCGGUUUGGCGCCGAGAGCCAGUUCAGCGACUUCCUGGACGGGCUGGGGCCGGGGCAGCUGGUGGGGCGGCAGACGCUGGCAACCCCCCCCAUGGGAGACGUCCACGUGGGCAUGACUGACCGGAACGGGCAGCUGGAGGUGGAUGUGAUCCAGGCACGGGGGCUCAUCCCGAAGAUGGGCUCCAAGUGCAUCCCUGCCACCUACGUGAAGGUUUACCUGCUGGAGAACGGCGUCUGCCUGGCCAAGAAGAAGACCAAGGUGGUGAAGAAAAGCUGUGACCCGUCCUACCAGCAGCCUCUGCUCUUCGAGGAGAGUCCCCAGGGCAAAGUCCU